GUUUUUCCCGAACCAUCAAGCAUCAGAGUUGUCACUGUUGAAGUGUUGAGACUUGAGACUGUGAAGUGUGGACUGUGGUGCGCGGGCGUGUCGUCUCAGACGUAUCUAUUUGUCUCUAUUUGUUUUUUUCCAAUAUUGUCCACAAAGAGAGAAGAAAAAAAUUGUAUUUAAUUCAAGGACGCAGCUAUUUUCAAAUCAUUCUUGCUUAGUGUAAAUACCCAAAUAAAUACAAAUGGUAAAGAUCGGAAUUAACGGAUUCGGCCGAAUUGGUCGCCUAGUGCUUCGCGCUGCGCUUAAGCACAGUGAGGUUGAGGUUGUUGGUGUGAACGAUCCCUUCAUCCCUCUAGACUACAUGCGUUACAUGUUUAUGUACGAUUCCACUCACGGUGCCUUCCCUGGAACCGUUGAGAUCAAGGACGGUAAGCUCGUUGUUGACGGUAGUGCCAUCACCGUGUUCGACAAGCGUGACCCCGCUGACAUUGACUGGGCCUCAUGCGGUGCGGAGUACGUUGUUGAAUCUACUGGUGUGUUCACCUCACUUGAGGGUGCCGGUAAGCACAUGAAGGGAGGUGCCAAGAAGGUUAUCAUCUCCGCUCCCUCUGGUGACGCCCCCAUGUUCGUAAUGGGAGUGAACCACAAGGAGUACAAGAGCGAUAUGGACAUUGUAUCCAACGCUUCAUGCACAACCAACUGCUUGGCACCCCUAGCCAAGGUCAUCCACGACAACUACGGAAUUGUCGACGGACUUAUGACUACCGUACACUCAUACACCGCCACCCAGAAGACCGUUGAUGGCCCAUCCAUGAAGGACUGGCGUGGUGGCCGUGGAGCCGCCCAGAACAUCAUCCCCUCAUCUACUGGAGCUGCCAAGGCUGUCGGUAAGGUUAUUCCCGACUUGAAUGGAAAGCUUACAGGUAUGUCCAUGCGUGUACCAACCGCUGACGUGUCUGUGGUUGAUCUUACUGUCAACCUGAAGAAGGGAGCUUCCCUUGCUGACAUCAAGAAGACAGUCAAGGCUGCCGCUGAGGGUGAGCUUAAGGGUGUGCUUGGAUACACUGAGGAUGCUGUUGUCUCAAUGGACUUCCGUGGAGAUGAGCGCUCUUCUAUCUUCGAUGCUGAUGCCUGCAUUGCUCUUACGGAUACCUUUGUCAAGCUAAUCUCAUGGUACGAUAACGAGUGGGGAUACUCUCAUCGUGUCGUCGAUCUUCUUGUCCAUAUGACCAAGCAGUAAACAAUACAAAUUUGUUAUAUAGAAGAGAAGUGUGAAAAAUUAAAGAAUUGAAAGAUGUGUGUAAAUCUUAGUCUGUUUUCUAUUGUAUUUGGACUACGAUGAUCAUAUUGCAAAGGUACAUUUAUGUGUAGACGAAUAUUAGUGGUGGACUAUGGUUCGCUGCUACGCGUUUUUGAGCGCGGAAUCGCCUUCUACAUCUAGUUGUAAUUUGAUAUAUUUGCUAGGAAUGCAUUACCCGUAUUUUACACCACUAUGGAAACUGUCACAUAC